GACUUCCCUGUCUGUCCUGGAGCCAGCAGGUGUGCCUGACUCAUCCAAAGCUCCCCAAUUCUGGCCAUUCUGGAGGGAAGUGCUAGCACACACCGAUUGGCACAGUGGCAAAAGUGCCUGUAAAACCACUCAUAAAACCAAAUCAGACAGCUGGUUCUUCUGAGCCUGCUGAACAAGAGCUACUGCAUCCAUGAGAUUUCCAUUCCUAUCUUUGGUUUCCGUGGUACAGAGGAGGUAUAGCCUUCAACACGCAGCUGGGGUCUUUCUGUCCUAAACCUGUGCUUUUACAGCCUGCUUCUCCCUCCUAACAAAAGCACAGAUCACCCCGGUCCUGUCCUACUUCCCCAGGACUCUAGGGCAGGCAGAUGCUUUCACCAUUACUGCAGUUACUGAGCCCAGAGAUUACUGAAGAGCAGUCACACGCUCUCACUGAAGUGUCACCCUUACCCUAAUAUUUGUGAGGAGCCAGGUGAGCACGUCCCCAGGAGAUGCACAGGCUGCUUUAGGUGCGUGGGCAGUGAGUAGAGCAACACACUGGGGUGGCCUUAGGGACCGUGCUGUGGCAGAGCUGUGCCCAGGGAAACGUGUCUGUGGGCACGGAAGCUGAGGGGGGCCAGGCUGACCCACUCCCACAGGCACUGGGAGCCUAUCUCCAGAAACACGGGCUGUGGAUGGAGGCCAGCUGGCAAAGGCCAGCGAGCCAGUACAGCCGGAGUCAGGAGGUGACCUGAGAAGGGAGGAUUAAAGAGGGAAUUAAUUUGCAGAGUUUUCCACUAAGGCACUACAGUUUCUUCCUCUUGAGUAAGGUGCUGGUUUCAGAUCAUAGGGUAACACUGCCUGAGCCCUGUCCUUCCCUUAGGACUACAGAUACCAGCAGCCCAGUGGAAAAAUGAGGCAGAGCCCCACAGCCCCUUGCUGGCUGCAAUCGCUGCUCAGGGAGAGCUGUCUCCUGAGGAACAGGAUGGAGGGACCCAGCUUGGCUGCGCUGCGGAGCAAACGGCAGCACUCUGCGUGGUUCCCUGGGCUUUCAUCUGCAGCCCCUGAAGCUCUGGAAAUGCAGGAGAAGGAGUGAGGAAGGAAGCAGAUCCGGCAUUACCCAAACCUUGCCACACCAGGCUGGGGGAGAGCCUUCCGCUCCCAACAUGGUACCAGCCACAGGCUGGCCUGCUGCAUGGAGCCAGCAAAGGGAUUUCUGGAUCCCUGGAACUACUGAAUUCACACAACGGGUACCCAAAGAUGCUCAGCACCUGUCAGGAUCAGGCCUUGGCUGGCACAAACUCCAAACACACCUGGCCUUGCUCUCCAAACAUACAAAUCCUCCCCAGUUCUGACUGCUCUGAAAACAACCCCUUUCCCACCAUCUUCCCUUGCAUCAAAAACAUUCUGGUCAGUCAAUCAAGGAAACUGAUAACAAAAAGCAAAAUCUCAACUAAUCUUUGUGGCUGAAGAAAGAGCUGAUUGUUCUUGCCUCUCUCCGAGCCUGCCCUGUAUUCUGCACUUCCCCAGUCCUCUUCAUGCCUUCUUCCCUUUAUUGCUGGGGAAAGAAAAUCCUGGUCUCUGGGCUGUUUUGUUUAGCAAAUGAGGCACAUGCAAAGCAGUAACCCCGGGCAUCUGUCAGGUGGAGAGAGAGGUGCCUCUGUGUCUUCCAGACAGCCUUCAGGCACCGAGAGCAGCAGUUCAGAAAUACUAUGAGCAAGGGUGGAUUUAAGUUUGGACACGGGAUGCAUCUUUCUCUUCCUAAUGAGAAGAGAGCCACAGGACACCUGCAGGAAGCAGCGGUGUGUUCCCAGCUAGCGCAGCAUUCCACUGGAGCUUAUCUUCAGGUUGUAUUAACCUCUACAGAGCAGAAUCCUAGGGAGGGCCAAACCCUGAAGUUUUCACAUUGUGUUGGCAAUGGUUAGGGAAGGCCUAACCAGAACUGAGAGGAAGAACAGGGAAAAUUUAGGUUCCAGUUCAGUACAGGCUGUAUUGAGGAAAACAAAAAUAAUAAAAAAAUGUGCUGAGUCCAGUUGCUUCCACCCUAGACCCCACAAAAAAGCAUUUUCAGUGAAAAAAAGAUAAGAGCAGAGUCCCUUGUCCUCACAGCAGGUCAUUCCCCCAGGGCCAUGCAGUCAUAGGUGAUGGGGACACACCAGCAGGUUAGUUCCAGCCCAUCAGCACAGCACACAAGGGGAAACCUGGAGGCAUUAGAUAAACUCCCAGGAAAAGAUUCAUAGAUGUGUUUCCCUGUGUAGGGCAAACAUUCCUGCCUGCCAUUAAGGGCCUAACCUGGGAACAGACAGGGAACUUGACCUCCAAAGCUGCUACAGAAUUAAAAAAGGACACCACAAACAACUUUUUUAUCACUUAUUCCGCCCUCAAAGCAGAGAUGUUUUUCUACUUUUCCACUGGAACAGCACAUCCACACAAAGCAGACAACCCAGAACAGCCACGCCAAAAUUAUUCAAGGAUUGUUAAAUCAGUUGGUUGCCUCUGUGCUGGAUGAGACCUAAGAAAAAACAGAUCCCUGCAGAGUUCCUCACCCACCGUCUUACAACUAACAGUCACCACAGACACACACUGAUCUUAAGGCUGCAACCCCGAGCUGAGACUUGAGAUCUGCCACGUUUCCUGCAUGACCUCAGGCAAGACAAUUGCUGGAUUUCUGAAGUUGUUCAGCACACUGUGAAGCUCACAGAAAGCUUCACCCCAUUUGUGAGAAGAGGAGAAUAAUUCCCCAUCUCCCCUUCACUUGUUUAUUUCAACGGUAAAAUAGCCCAGAAUGGGACUGCCCCUCCUUAUCUGCUCCAUGCAGCACCUCACACAAUGGAGCCUUGAUCUCGGCUGGGACGCCUAAGUGCUACUGCGAUACUAAUAACAAGCAAUAGAAACUUAAUUCACCAAAGCAACCUCAUUUCAUAACUGACUUCGAAAGAAAUCCUCCAAGCAUGCACAGCCAGACCCCAACAUUAAAACCACGACACUGCCAAAUGGGUGGAGAAACAGGGUGAGCAGAAACAUGGAGAGGAUAAGCCAGACAUGAGCAGCAUUUCCACUGAUGAAUAAUAUUCCAGGCAGAGGAACAGAGCUGGAUAGGGAUGCUACAAACAUCCCACUUCACACCCUCAUUUUAAAGGUGUUGCUUCAAUUAAAGCAUUUUUCAAUCUGGUCCUGGGGCCGAUUUUGACCUGCUGGCCCAAGGGUGAUUGUGUUCACCAUAGCAGGCAGCAAGGCAGGCAGAGAGCAGAGUCCCCAGGAAUGGGGAAAUCUGAGGCUGGGGAGGAGCUGAGUGUGCACUGGGCUCAGCUUUGGUCUGAUAAGUUUAUCAAGCACUGCCGGCUGCUAACUGUCAGCCAGCAAAGUGGGCCUGUUAGGGAGGAGGAACAGCUCCCAGGGCAAGAUAGCAGAGCCAGUGCCUUAUCAGAGUGCCUGAGCCCAAGAGGGAACUGGAGAGCGAGCACUUUCCAACCACUUCAUCUGAACAACAGACAGAUUGGCAGGAAAGGCCUGUCAGCCCUUCGCUUCUGCCACCCAGGCAUCAACACGGAGCCCCCAUCCAUGCAAAUAACCCUGGCAGGCACACUUGAGAAACUGCCUGGACAGCAGAAGCUUUAGCAAAAGUCCACCUCAGGACCUGCCAAGUGAGGGGACCUGGUGAUCUGAUGAAGAUGCCUGCCUCCCCCAGCACACUACAGGCGGCAUGGGAUGCAGUGAGCCCGGCUUUUUGCCUGCUUCCAGUGGGAUGGAGCCAAGGGGAGAGUGUGCAGGAGUCAAUGCCAAAUGUUCCUGUGAUCGCGCUCACUGGACCUGUUCCCUUUUGGCCCCUGGGAGGGCUACAACAACCCCCAGGUGUCUGGUGAGAACCUGAUUGGCCUCAGCAGGGCCCGUCGCCCGCACAACGCAAUCUUUGUGAACUUUGAUGAUGAAGAAAUCCCAACUAAACCACUGGAUGCUGCUGUACAGACCUGGAAGAAAAUGUGUACCAAUCCUGUGGAUAGAAAGGUGGAGGAAGAACUGAGAAAGCUCUUUGAAGUCCGUCCCGUCUGGUCUCGGAAUGCAGUAAAAGCCAAUAUCAGUGUCCACCCGGACAAGCUGAAACUUCUGUUGCCGUAUUUGGCCUAUUACAUGGUUAUGCCCCUAACGACAUGCCCGUGAAAGCAAAGCACAGCACGUAUAACUACAGUCUGCCCAUCAAUGUCAAGAAGCAAGGUACGCUGUACCAGUAGAAGGGCUUUCUUUGGUUAAAUAAGCAGUGAAGGUGGCAAAGAGCAGCUGGCAUAUGAGUCUGCAGAGGAUGAGGAUGAUGAAGAGGAGGAGGAAGAGGACUUCAAGCCUUCUGAUGGGAGUGAAAAUGAAAUGGAGACAGAGAUUCUGGACUAUGUGUGAACUCCGUGAGCCGUCUGGCUGCUGUUGGGCAGAAUCGUCUCUGCUCUCGUUCCAUGACAGCUGUGGGUUCAGCGACCAUGCCCAGGAUGUGGGAAAGCAGAACUUGUACUAAGACGACCACGGUCUCUCUACACUGACGGCAGUGCCUGCUGAUGGCCGUCACUGUGGGUGUUUGCGAGGCAUUGCCCACAUUUUCACACUUGCUGGCCAACAAGCCCUGCAGCAAACUCGCAAGAGCGAGCCCAGAAUCCAGACCAGCAGGUAGCACACCGGAAUGGAGGAGGAGCUGCAUUCCCAGAUCUCUCCAUGGGUGAGAAGUGCACUUUGGCUGGGUUGGUGGCCAUGUGGACAACAGAAGAGGUGCCUGAGGAGGUGCUGGGGGAGCACUGCAGUGUCACCGGAGUCCCUAAGGCAGGUGCUGCCCUUCUGCUCAGCUAAGGGGAGUGAAAAUACUGUGCCAUGACUUCAGCAUUGACCCUCAGUGGUGAUGUUGGAAAUAAAGCCAUCAGCAAAAGACACUUUUUGGCAGUGAAUAAUUCUCUUCUGCAGGAUGAAGAUAACAGAACAGAGUAAUUCCCUUCUGCUGUCCUCACUAGCUGGCACACUUCUCAGCUCUGUUUUGACCUCCCCAGUAGUUAGCAAGGACGGAAGGAAACGGGCAAUGGGGCAGAACUUCAGGUCCACAGUGGUUGGCCACUCAUUAGUCUGCCAUCGCUGGCUGGAUUGUCAGCACCCAUUAAAGAGACAUUAAAGAUCUGCUGGCGUUUUCUGAGUCUUGUGCAUUCCCUAGUGUUACGCGUGCAAAGUUUCUCAGUAGUUGCCGAUGAUAUGCUCUAAUGCUUGGCUUAACAUGAUUUCAGCCUCCUGCACUUAUGUGAGGCUUUCCAUAACUUCAGGAUUUUUUUAUGUUCUCUGAAGUUCUGUUAGACUGAGAGAUUUCCUUAGGUUUGGCGUCCAGCCCACAAAAGCAACAUCUGCAGGGCUCUCACACUGUGACGCCAGUCUUACCUUAAGCCAUGGUUUGGCCUCAGCCUACUGAAGGACAGGUGUGUAGAGGCUCCUCUGGUUUAUGUAAGAGCCAAGACUGGGUCAUGGCAUUGACGCACAGCUGCACUCCUAGCUCUAUAUAUAUCCCUCCAUCUGGGGACUUGGUCUUCAGGUGUGCACUCACCAUGGCUCGCUGGGAGAUCCUGUGCUUUGCCUUGUGCUCCUACCUCGGGGUAGCAUGGGCUGCAACUCUGGGUGUGGUGCUCACCGAAGGAGGUUUUGUGGAAGGUGAGAAUAAAAAACUGGGACUCUUUGGGGACUACAUCGACAUCUUCAGAGGUAUCCCCUUCGCUGCCCCUCCAAGGACUCUGGAAGACCCUCAACCUCAUCCUGGCUGGGAUGGAACACUGCAGACAAAAAAAUUCAAAAAUCGCUGCAUGCAGAUGACACUUACACAAACUGAUGUCCGUGGGAGUGAGGACUGUCUCUAUCUGAACAUCUGGAUUCCUCAAGGGAAAAGACACAUCUCUACCAACUUGCCAGUCAUGGUCUGGAUCUACGGCGGUGCCUUCCUUGUAGGAGGGAGUCAGGGAGCCAACUUCCUCAAUAACUACCUUUAUGAUGGCGAGGAGAUUGCUGUGCGGGGCAACGUCAUUGUGGUAACCAUCAACUAUCGCCUGGGACCCCUGGGCUUCCUGAGCACUGGAGACGCAAACUUGCCAGGGAACUACGGGCUGAAGGAUCAGCACAUGGCUAUUGCCUGGGUGAAGAGGAAUAUCAAGGCCUUUGGGGGUGACCCAGAUAACAUCACCAUCUUUGGGGAAUCAGCUGGUGCCGUCAGUGUCUCCCUGCAGACAUUGACUCCAAAGAACAAGGGCCUGUUCAAGAGGGCCAUCAGCCAGAGUGGUGUCGGUCUCUGCAGCUGGGCCAUCCAGAGGGACCCACUCGCCUGGGCUAAAAAGAUUGGAGAAAAGGUGGGCUGCCCCACAGACAACACCACUAUCUUGGCCAACUGCCUGCGCGUUUCUGACCCUAAAGCUGUGACGCUGGCCUACCACCUGGAGCUGAUCAACUUGCCCUCUCCCCUGGUUCACACACUCGCCCUCACGCCUGUCAUCGAUGGAGACUUCCUCCCAGACAUGCCAGAGAAGCUCUUUGCCAAUGCUGCUGACAUUGACUACAUCGCUGGGGUCAACAACAUGGAUGGACAUAUCUUUGCUGGCAUUGAUUUACCUGCUAUCAACCGCCCGCUAGUGAAAAUCACUGCGGACGAGGUCUAUAAUUUGAUCAAAGGACUUACUGUGGACAGGGGCCAGACUGGAGCCAAUGCAACAUACACUCUCUACACGCAACCGUGGGGUGACAAGCCGGACCAGGAGGUUAUGAAGAAGACAGUGGUGGACCUGAUUACUGACUACAUCUUCCUGGUUCCCACACAGUGGGCACUGAAUCUGCACCUGCAGAAUGCCCGGAAUUCCAAGACAUAUAGCUACGUGUUCUCCCAGCCGUCCCGAAUGCCUGUCUACCCAAGCUGGGUAGGGGCAGACCACGCUGAUGACUUGCAGUAUGUGUUUGGGAAACCCUUCGCCACCCCCCUGGGCUACCUGCCCAAGCACAGGACUGUCUCAAAAGCCAUGAUUGCUUACUGGACCAAUUUUGCCAGGACAGGUGAUCCCAACAAAGGGAAUUCAGAGGUGCCUGUUACCUGGCUGCCCUACAGCAACGAGGGGACUUACUACCUGGAAAUUAACAACAAGAUGAACCAGAACUCCGUGAAGCAGAAUCUGAAAUCCCGGUAUGUGGACUUCUGGAACUCAGUCUAUCGGAAGCUGCCGCAGGUUGCCAACAUCACCCUGACCGAGGAACUGCUGUGGAAUUAAGAAAAAGACACCUUUUAGAUAUAGGCCCAGCUCAUUAAAGGCUCUGUUGUAACUGA